AUGCCGGAACUAAGAUACGACGGACAAGUUUGCGUCAUCACCGGGGCAGGUUGUCUAAAGCCCUAUCCACGCUCACGCGUGGCGAGAUAUGGACGAGGAGAGCUGACUAUCGUUCACAGGAGCGGGACUUGGACGAGCUUACGCCAGGUUCUUCUCGAGCCGUGGAGCGAAGGUUGUUGUCAACGAUCUUGGUGGCACAUUCAACGGUAAAGGCAGUGAGCGAAGCGGUGCAGUCGCCGACCAAGUCGUCAAGGAACUAGUCGAGGCUGGAGGCGAUGCUGUCGCCGACUACAAUCCCGUUCAACGCGGUGAUGAGAUCAUUGAAACCGCCAUCAGAGCCUAUGGCCGAGUAGACAUUCUCAUCAACAAUGCGGGCAUUCUGCGUGACGUUACGCUGCGGAACAUGAAGGACGAGGAUUGGGAUGUCAUUAUGGACGUGAGUUAGACGGGUCGACCUUUGCAGAGAUGCGGCGUGACUUAUCGGCUCCUCAGGUGCAUCUUCACGGUGCCUACAAGACGACACGAGCCGCAUGGCCAUACUUUCGAAAGCAGCGUUACGGAAGAGUGAUACAAACGACCUCAGCUUCCGGACUCUGGGGCAACUUCGGCCAGUCCAACUAUGCUGCAGCGAAGUUUGCUGUUGUAGGUCUUGCCGAGACGCUGGCUAAGGAAGGCACGAAAUACAAUAUCCAUACGAAUGUUGUCGCCCCCGGUGCAGCAAGUCGACUGACCCAGACCGUGUGGCCGAAGGAAAUGAUGGACCUCAUGGGUCCUGAGUGGUAAGCGCUUCUUGCUCUGGCACGGCACGACCGAAUCACUUACGGAGAUAACCAAGGGUCGUACCAUUAGUCGGAUAUCUCACCCACUCAUCAUGCACCGAGUCUGGGAGUAUCUUCGAAGCAGCUGCAGGGCACUUCUCUGAAAUCCGAUGGCAACGAGCGAAAGGAUUGCUAUUGAAGCCAGAUCAGUACCUGCACCCAGAACAAGUCCUUGCUCGUUGGGACAAGAUUGUUGACUUCCAGGGUGCGGACUUCCCCAAUAAUCCAGCAGACCUCAUGGGAAUGCUUCAAGCGGCAUCUGACACUCCCGCGAACAAGCCUGGCUCAUCCGAUCUUGGAAUCCGCGGUAGAGUCGCUCUGGUUACUGGCGCUGGAGCAGGUCUUGGACGAGCCUACGCAAUGCUCCUAGCCAAGCUUGGGGCUAAAGUAAUGGUGAAUGACAUUCAACAGGCUGCUGCGGUAGCAGACGAGAUCAGAGCACAAGGCGGCGAGGCUGUGUCCUGUGAUAUCUCUGUAGAACACGGCGAUGCUGUUGUUCAAGCCGUCCUAGAUGCAUUCGGACGACUCGAUAUCGUGAGUUAUUUUGCCGCGUUUCUAUUAAUGACCAAGUUGCUAAUUGAUUUAGGCCGUCAACAACGCUGGCAUUCUCCGUGACAAGUCAUUCAACAAUAUGACGGAUGAGCAAUGGCACCAGGUCUGCAAUGUCCACCUUCGAGGCACUUACCAAAUCACCAGAGCUGCUUUCCCUCAUAUGGUAAAGCAGAAGUAUGGGCGCAUUGUGAACAUCACGUCCACGUCUGGUAUCUACGGGAACUUCGGUCAAGCAAACUAUGCUGCCGCUGUAUGUCUCCGAAAUCCCUUCGUUGGAUGUGGACUAACUCUCUCCAGAAAGCGGGCAUUCUUGGCUUCACAAAGACAACCGGUCGCGAGGGGGCGAAGUACAACGUCUUUGUGAAUGUAGUCGCUCCGUCAGCUGGCACCAACAUGACCCGUACGAUCUGGCCAGAGAAGGAGGUCCAGUCUCUAAAGCCAGAAUAUGUUGCACCCUUGGUGGCUGUCCUAUGCAGCGAGAAGCCGCCAGCCAACAGCGAGAUCUUCGAGGCUGGGGCUGGUUGGUUCGCUAAGACGAGGUUUCAACGGGCCAGAGGCGUUGAUUUCGACUUCAAGAAAGGAUAUGAGAAUUUGACUGUGGAGAUGAUUGCAGAGGUGGGUACAGCAAAGCUAAUGCGGUUCUGCAGCUGACACUUUCUAGGCUUUCCCUAAGAUCACCCUCUUCGAUACGCAGGCAGACUAUCCCGAGACACCGUCAGAUGGUGGCAAGUAUACUUCGGGAAAUGCUGUCAACAGUGGAUUGGUACCAAACACGCCUUUCUAAUCACUCUACCCACGAAGCUGACUGGUCUCCAGAUCAAGAACAUGUCCCAAGAAGACCGCGCCAACAGAAAGUGGAUCUCCAAGAUUCAGAAUGCCAUCGACGCUACGCCCACUGCCGUCGAGUGGAGCUACACCGACCGUGAUAUCCUCCUCUACAACCUCGGCAUCGGCGCCACGAGAAAUCAGAUCAACCUAGUCUACGAAGGCCACCCGAAUUUCACCGUGAUACCCACCUUCGGCGUCGUACCAACCUACUUCUCCCAGAAACCUUUUCUGGACUUCAAGCAUCUCCUGCCAAACUAUGACCAACGACAGCUCCUCCAUGGCGAACAGUACCUCGAAGUCCUACAGUGGCCCAUUCCCAGUGCAGCAACCCUCAAAACGAACAGCAGACUGAUCGAAGUAGUCGACAAAGGCAACGCAGCUCUUGUACGCCGCGCGAACGAAAUCACAGAUUCGAACGGCAAACCGAUCUUCUACAACGAGAGUGUCCUCUUCAUCCGCGGCAGCGGCAAUUUCGGAGGCCAAAAGAAACCCUCCGAUCGCGGCGCCGCUACAGCCGUCAAUGACCCUCCCUCUCGUCCCGCGGACCAGAUCGUCGAAGAAACCACUUCCGAAGACCUCGCAGCUCUGUAUCGUCUCUUGGGGGAUCGCAACCCGUUACACAUCGAUCCGGCUUUCAGCAGAGUCGGAGGGUUCGAAGUUCCCAUUCUCCAUGGACUGGCGACGUUCGGGAUCACGGGGAAACAUGUCUUCGAGACGUAUGGGCCCGUCAAGUCUUUGAAGGUGCGAUUUGCGGGGACUGUGGUUCCGGGGCAGACGAUUGUUACGGAGAUGUGGCUGGAAGGAGGAGGGAAGGUUGUUGUUUAUAGGGCGAAAGUGAAGGAGACGGGGAAGAGUUGUAUUUCGAAUGCUGCGGCGGAGUUGAGGGGUUGA